ACGCCGAUACUGUUUUGCGGAUAGAUAGCCCGCCGGCGCGCGGUAUGCAGUGUGGGAUAGGUUGGUAUUGUACCUAUGUAAAGUACUAACAUCAAGAGAGGUAACGUACGCAGUACGCACGAUACACCUAUGUCAAAAAAAGCCCGAAAAGAAGUGAUGGCUUUGUUUUGUUAGAUGAUACAGUAUUGGAAGUAGACUGAAGAUGAUGGCUUCCGGAAUGGCCGAUGGUGCGAUACUACCCUUGCUAUUGCUGUGCAACCGUUCUGCUUUGGCAACCAUCCCAUCAAAAACAGCAGCAAACCACAAUUUCGAGACUAGGUAGCACUCAUCCCUAUCCCAAGAUGAUUUGGGCAAUAGUCUGUCUCUUACUGACGUUGUCAACACUGGCGGCCGAGGUGUGCUCGUUAAGUGCAUCCAGCUACUUUGGUACGAGAAUGUCGGGUUCCUGGACGCAUCGCCACCGCCGUCAAGGUUUGGCCUUCUCUCCGGCGUCACCAAUCCACUACGGACGCAGAGAUGCCAGCGAUUCAACCAGAAGUGUUCUGUACAUGGGAAUGAAGGUCAACAUACGAAUCGUUGGCCGGAAGACGAGCGAGCCGUGGCUAGAGGAGGGGGUCGAAAUGUACGAAAAGCGCCUCCGUCCAUCGAACGUAGAAGUCGAGACCACUUGGCACAAAGACAAUGCUGCUUUGAUAAAGGGUGUUGACGCGGACCGAAGCAAGAACCACAAGGUGAUUCUUCUAGAUCCAACGGGAACCCAACCCACGAGCGAGAAAUUUUCGGAAAAGGUCUACCAAUGGUUGGACGAGGGGGGCAGUCGCCUCUCGUUCAUUAUUGGUGGCGCGGAGGGGCUCCCGGCGGAAUUAAAAUACCCGUCGUAUUCUUCUGGUAAAAAGUCAAAGGACCAGGCACCGAUGCUAAUCAGUCUGAGCGCGAUGACGUUCACUCAUCAAUUUGCGAGACUUCUCUUGAUCGAACAAAUUUACAGAGCGACAGAAAUACAGAAGGGCUCUGGUUAUCACAAAUAAAAACGCUCCUUGGGAACAUGCUGCUCCGAAUAAGUCCUUUAGCAAGGA